GGAUAUGAAACUAGAGCUCCAGUCUGCGGAGGGUCAAUUGAUCAAGGAGUUGAAUAACGAUAAUUUUACGAUUGCUGAGUUCGAUGUCCGAGCAAGGCAGAUCAUUCAUGUUGUCAAUACGGACCCAGACGCUGAACAGCUUACUGGGGCAGACGUACCAAAAUUUGAAUUGACCAAAAAGGAGUACGAAGAGAGACCGGAUACUGUGUUAGGUUACAAGAAACGUAAUCAGAUGGGGCGAUUCGCACCGGACUACGAGUCCAAAAUGAGUGACAUAAAACAGAAGGAGGCCGAAGAAGCGGCGCAUAUAACUGUGGGGAGCCGAUGUGAAGUGAGGAUAGAUAACGGCGCGGCUCGGAGAGGGACUGUUCGCUUCGUCGGCGAGACAUCGUUUGAAGAAGGAAUCUGGGCUGGCAUAGAGUACGAUGAACCAUACGGCAAGAACGAUGGCAGUGUGGAAGGCAAGAGGUACUUCACCUGUGAGCCCAAAUACGGCGGUUUUGUGAAAUGCAAGUGGGUGGUAUGUGGAGAAUACCCAGAACUGGGCUUGAGUGAUGAUGAAGAGCUAUAGGCUGGUAUCCAUUACGUAUAGCAAUAAAGCGCACAUGAUGCUGUAACAUAUAUAUGAACGUACUUAGUCGGGGGAGAGUGUUAGUGUAGAGAUCCAUCCAGCGUCAAUGAGGAGCCUUGGACUGCAUGUUUAGGCAGUCACUUCUCCGUAGCACGUGCGAGCCAGAGUCCUACCUUUCAGCGCAGAACACUAUGAGCGUAUGAUUCCAGCAUGAUUCAUAUGAUCCCAAGACUUUUGUCACAGC